GAGACACUCAAGUGCUCAAUCUUACGGAUAGGACACACCCCCACACAUAGGACCUCGAAAUAGAGAGAAAAGAGCUGCAGAAAGACCGCUUCCACUGUAAUGCCAAUCUUCAAGCCAGGAAAAAAGAAAGCCGCGGCGGACGGUCACGGAUCCCGCGCCGGCAGCGGAAACAGCGUCGCACAUGGUGAGGUCUUCAACAACGAUGCUCCAGAGUAUCAGCCACGCCGGAUGGGCGAAUCAUCGAAGCAAGGCAAGAAGGCAUUCAAGUACGGCGGCAGCAUCUCCAAGACCGAGUUUGAUAUUGGUGGACUGCCGAUCAAUGUGUUCGGGAUGGACGAACUCACCCCGGUCUACUCUCGCGCCUCGGCGGCCCCGCCACCGCCCGUAUGUGUGAUCAUCCAUAUGCACGGGCGGACAGGCAGCGCUAAUAAUGAGGAGCAUAUUGCUAGACAGCUGUACGACCGCAUAGAUCGGUGUAAGCGGCAAACGACGUCUCAAGGCUACACAGGCCCGCAGAAGGACGUGCUGGUUGUGUCCUUUGAUGCUCGGAAUCAUGGUCAUCGGAAGACGAACGAGCUGGGCCAGAAAGGCUGGAAGGAGGACAACAAGCGUCAUGCGAUGGAUCUUUACGCCAUGUAUGUCGGCACCGCUCGCGAUGUCAGUUUUCUGAUUGACUUUCUCCCGGCCUAUCUCUUCCCACAUGACGAGCGAGUGGCCACCCAAUGGGUCGCAACCGGAAAAUCAUUAGGUGGACAUGCGGCUUGGAAAGUCCUUGCAGAUGAGCGCCGUGUCACCAUUGGGGUCCCGUUCAUCGGGAUGCCAGACUACCUCAAGCUGCUUGCGCGGCGCACACAGAGCAACUUUGUGCCCAAUGCUCCACCGACGGUGCCCGGCGCACUGCGGCAGCUGAUCGCGCAGAUCGAUCCCGCGCAGGCUCGCGGGUACGACUCGUUCGAUCCUACAGUGAACCCUUUUUGGGACAAGAAAAUCCUCGUUUGCUCCGGCGAAGAGGACCGGCUGGUGAAAUGGGAGUAUUCAGAAGAAUUCCUCAGACGUCUGGUUGUGGAAGAACCGUCCGGUCCAAGAGGGGAGAUGCAAGGUCUGAAGAUCUUCAAAGAACCAGGUGUAGGCCACGUGGUGACUGAGAACAUGAUCGAAGAAGCUGGAGAAUGGAUUUGGAGCUGGGGCGUCUCAAGAUGCUGAGUGUAGUAUCGCCUCUUGCCUAUUGUAUCCGCGAUG